GAUGAGCGCCUGGGCUAUCAAAGCGCCCAGCCCGGCUCGCCCCCGGCAUGCGGGGAGCCCAACCCCUCGCCUCUGCUGGCGGACGGGCACUACCCAGCGGCUCUGGCCAAGCCGGAGCCUCCCCCGGGCUGUCUGUGCCCCACCCCGGGCUGCGAUGGGUGUCCGGGGGUGGGCUGCGGGGUGCCCAGCCCCUUCGAGCCCACCCUGGGCAUGGCCGGGGGGCGUUUUCCGUGCCCCCCCAGCAACCACACCAAGCUGAAGAAGACGUGGCUGACGCGGCACUCGGAGCAGUCUCUGCCUCGCUCCAAAGCUUCCCGGCGGGAUGGGGGUCCCGAGCCCCCCGGGGAGGGCAAGCGCUCGGCCAAGCGCCCCCACGGCACCGCCGAUGGUCCCUGCGAGGGCGCCGGGGCAGCCAAGAGGGGCAUCAAGGCCACCGCGGGCCCGGGUGAUGGCACGGAGAGCGCGGGGCACACCGAGGAGAGGAGGAUGGAGCUGGGAGACGGAGAGCCGCCGAGGCGCGCGGGAGAGCCGUGGUGCCUGCAGGGCCUGCCCUGCACCGCGCUGCCCCCGAGCAUCCCCCGCUGCUGUGCCUGUGCCCCCCGCGCCGGGGGGGACCCCGAGGGCGAGGAGGAUGAGGAGGAGCCCCCCGAGAACACCUGCAGGCUGAUGCACUUCCGCAGGUUCGCCCUGGGUGACAACGGGGAGCUGAGCGUCGAUGGCAUCUGCACCCUGGGGGAGGCCGAGGGGGAGCUGGACAUGGGGAGCAGGAACGUGGGGAGCAGGAACGUGGGGAGCAGGAACGUGGGGAGCAGGAACGUGGGGAGCAGCCUCUGCCUGGCCAAGUACCUGCUGCAGGUCCUGGGGGACCCUUUCUGCGACGCCGUGCGCAGGGACAGGGACACGUGGCCGGGAGCCCCCGGCGGGCCCGAGGGGGUGACGGGCUGGAGGCGGGGGGAAGGAGCCCCCCGGCUCUGUGACGCCUGCCAGCGUGGCUUCUUCAACUCCCACUGGAGCUGCGCCAGAUGUGGCUUCCAGCUGUGCCCCGACUGCCACCGCAGCAGGAGGGAGGACGGUGGCCCUGGGGGUCCGGUGAUGCCACCCGAGUGCACCCCCGGGCGGGACCACCACGCGUCUUCCCUGGUCCCCACGCAGUUUGUCCCCACCUGUGUCCUGACGCGCCUCUGGAAGCUCCUGCACGAGGUCAGGGUCAAGUUUGGCAUCGAGUCCCACUGUCCCUGCAGGGAGGGGAGCCUGGCAGAGCCCCCGGGCAGGCAGGAGCCGCCGGGGGCCGCGGUGCCCACCCUGCCACCCCGCAGCCACGGCCCAGCCGACCCCGCCCGGCCCAUCAAGGAAG